UCAGUGUGUUGCAGAGACGCGCUCAGUUCGGUUCGGUUUGGUUAUUGGUUCCUCGGUUGAUUUUCAUCACCAUGCGUAUAUUCACCUUGAUCUUGGGGCUAUUGUGUACCUUGGGAUACUCAAGUGGAUACAAUUACCUGAUGGUUCUCAAUUCCGCCGGUCGUUCUCACUUCAAUGUGGGACAUGCUUUGGCCAAGGGAUUGGUCAAGGCUGGACAUAAUACCGUGGUUUCCGUCUUUCCUCAGAAGAAACCCAUUCCUGGUUAUACUGAUGUCAAUGUGCCAAAUGUGAUCAAAGUCAUGGGAGGAGACAUUGGGUCCUUGUGCGCAUCUAUCCAAAAGCCAUUUACUCAGAAUCUCAUCGAUCUUUAUCAAAUGGGAUUUCGCAUCACUAGAGGACUUUUCGAGGACACCAAUUUCCAGGAUUUUCUAAAGAGCAACCAAAGCUUUGAUGCGAUCAUAUGUGAGGCUUUCUACAAUGAUGCUCACUAUGCACUAUGGGUGGUAUGCAUAUCGACGGAACGUUGAAUCCACGAAUCCACAGAACAUGGAGCAAUCUACUUUUCCAUGGGAUCGAAUCUCAAGACCAAGGACUGACCUCCAAAGGUUCAAGAGAUCCUGAAAGCGUUAGGUGGACUCAAGCAGCGUGUUCUCUGGAAAUUUGAGCUGGAUAACCUGCCCAACAAACCGGAGAAUGUCUACAUCUCCGACUGGUUUCCACAGACGGACAUAUUGGCCCAUCCCAAGAUCAUAGCCAAGAAUAAACCCGUGGUCGGUUUGCCGAUCUUUAGUGAUCAGUUCUUCAACAUGGCUCAUGCCGAGCAAGCCGGUUAUGGCAUUAUGUUGGACUUCAAGACGCUGAAAGCCGAUGAUUUCCGACAAGCCAUCGAGCGGAUUACCAGUGAGCCAUCCUACACGAAAGUGGUGCAGGGCGUGUCCUUCCGAUAUCGGGAUCAACAACACACGCCAUUGGAAAAGGCGAUAUACUGGGUGGAACAUGUGACCCGCCAUCAAGGAGCUGCCUAUUUGAAAAGUGCGGCCCAAAGGCUGAACUGGUGGCAGUACCACAAUGUGGAUGUGCUCCUAAUUAUUUUUGUAGUAAUGGUUCUGUUGCUAAUUGUACUGCCAAUUACUAUCUAUAGCCUGCUUAAGAAGUUAUUAUUUAAAGGAGAGAGAACUCAAAGCACCAAAGUCAAACGCAACUAGAAAUGUAGCUAUGUACUUUUGUAUAAGUAAAGUUUAAAGCAUGACAGUUCACUUUAAAAAAAUCGACAGUAAAGAAUUUAAAACCUGCUAUGUUAUUAAAUUGUAUACACAGUAAAUGAUAUGGUCUUGUUUGCGCAUUCAGAUCGUUGGGAAAACCAUAAUGUGAAUUUAUCUCGAACAAACAGAUGUAAUUGCCAAACAUUUGAAUUUCUGGCCACCCGUUUCCAUUUCCAUUGUGCCACAGCCAUUUCCAUUGAUGCCACAAGCAAAUUACUGCCUAACAGCAUGCUGCACAAAAUUGUUUUCAUCUUUUCCACCCAGCGCACAAACAAUCGCUAACUCGCAUCGAAAAGUUGAGAUGUAUUUUCAUGGGCUGCCAAAAAUACAUUUCGCUUUUCUAUUAUUGGCCACGUUAUCAAUGCACACACGUGCCGGCCGCUGAUUGAUUUCGCUAGCAAGCGAAACGAGAGGAAAAUAUAAACCAAACGCAAAUGACAAAACACAAUUGGAAAUGCAGACGAUGAGAUGGGGAGGGUAAAAUUUAAAUAGGCACUCGAGCAUUAAAUUAAGCAGCAUCAACUUACGUAGGUCGCGGAAAAUCAGUCAGAACGGGAUAGAAAAACACAAGGAGUGCCACUGUACCGGCCGCCCACUUUCACAACAACCCCCCGCCCAAAAAAAGGAGGAAAAUAUAAAAUAAAGUAAAGGAAACCGCUCCGAGGUGCAAAACGGCUGAAAUGAAGGAAAUGAAAUGCCAAAAAGACAGAGUUUCCCCUCUUGCAACACACACGACAGCUUUUCCGAGUGUGUUUGUGCACUGAGCGAAAAGCAUGGCACGUUGAUUACAAAUAUAUGC